UUGAAAACUUGCCUUUGGAAAAUAAAAAUGGAAGAAAGCGUUGCUGUCAAACACGAAGGCAAAAAUAUUGAUAUAAAACAGGAAAAGCAGGACAAUCUUGAAAGUUUCAAAUAUGAGUUUGACUCUGGAAGUCAGGAUAGCAGCAAAAGUGGAAGUGGAGGUUAUCAGCGUUGGGCACCUAAUUUGAAUGGUGUACGAAAAAGUGCAUUUACGCCAUAUAAAUCUGCUCAGUGUACUGCACUAACUAAUUUACAGAGAGGUAAUACGCAGGCGCGAGUCCUCGAAUUGCCUCAACCCGAUUCUAGCUUUCACGCAAAGGCUGGGCGCGGAGAAAUAACUCGUGAAGACGUGAAACUGGAGCAAUAUGUUGAUAUUACUGAUGAACAUGGGCUCACUGCAUUACAUUGGGCCGCAAGCUACGGCCAGUUAAAUAGUUGUCAGGACCUUGUUUGGAGUGGUGCCAAUGUUAACAUGCGGGGUCCGGAGGGGGAGACGGCAUUACACCUGGCUGCAGCCGGGGGGCACCACGAGGUUGUGAAAUUUCUUUUGAAUGAAGGUGCUGACGCUGACAUACAGGAUGAUUCUGGUAGUACAGCUCUCAUGUAUGCAGCGGCAGCAGACUUUCCCUACACUUGCAAUGAACUCCUCAUCCGAGGUGCUGACCUCACUCUUACCAAUGAUUAUGAUCAAGAUGCUUACACCUUAACCAUUACCAACAACUGCAAACUGGCACAAACUGUGAUAGAGAAUUUUUUGAUUGGAUGUCUCAGCAAGAUAUGAAACCACAACAAUGUUAAUUUGCUUUGGACAGACAACACAGCAGAUUAAUUUGCUAACAGAGUUAAAAUAAUAAUACAGGGAUUUAGUUUAUAAAUUGUAUUUAAUAAAUAUUUUUAAGUUCACCAUAUACAUACAUGUGAUGUGACAUAAGUAAUUCAAUUACAGACAAUAUC